AUGGCGCGCAACGAAGAAGAUGUCCGUAAUGACACCACCAGAUAUGAUGAAGAGAGCCCUUUACUUGGCGAGCAGGUGAACGAAGGAGAAGCGGCGGCCGAGCCGGAGACCCCUGCAAAAGGGAGACGUGCUGGGUGGUAUAUCAAGGUUCUCAUUUGGAUCAUUAUCGCGGCUGCCAUCGCGGCCGUUUUUAUAAAAGGCUGGGUUGAUGCAGGCGGCGACGUCAAGUUUGAUCCUCACGAAGCUCUCAAAAAGGCUCUGGGAGGCGGGCUUAGUGGCGCUGCCGCAAUGUUUCUUCAAGUUCUACUGUUGAUGCCACUUCGCACCAUUAUGAACUACCAAUAUCGCUUCGGACACUCCUUUACGGAAGCAACCAAAAUUCUCUAUAACGAUGGGGGUUUCGGCAGAUACUAUGCCGGAAUUGGUGCCGCCCUCUUCCAAGGACCUUUGGCGCGUUUCGGCGACACGGCAGCCAAUGCAGGAAUCCUCGCACUUUUGCAGUCCAAUCCAUACCUGAAGGACCUUCCGUCGCUUGCCAAGACGGUAUUUGCCUCGCUUGCCGCUGCGGCAUUUCGUAUGGUUUUGACACCGAUCGACACCCUGAAAACGACUCUGCAGGCCCAAGGCUCUGGAGGCGUUGCUCUUCUCCGCCAACGAAUCAAGCAGCAUGGCGUGGGCACAUUGUGGUGGGGAGCUUUUGCCACGGCGGCAGCUACCUUUGUGGGACAUUACCCUUGGUUUGCAACGUACAAUCUUUUGACUGAGCUGAUCAAGGAGCCUGAGAAGGGCCACAUCUUGCUCUGGUUGCUCCGUCUCGCCCUUAUUGGAUUCGUUGCAUCCAUUGUCUCCGACUCCAUCUCCAACUCGCUACGAGUCAUAAAAACAUACCGUCAAGUCGACGACAAGAAAAUCUCAUAUUCUGCGGCGGCGCGAGCGGUUGUUCGAGCAGACGGUAUAAUCGGACUGCUGGGACGAGGACUACCAACGCGUAUCUUAUGCAACGGUCUUCAGGGCAUUCUCUUCUCAAUAUUAUGGAAACUAUUCCUUAACAUGUAA